AUGCUUUCUAAACGCAAGAAACUCCGCCAGGCCUACGUCGUGCCCCUCCGUCGCAAACUCACCCAGACGGAGCAGAACCACACCGAUUGGUAUCGCAGUCUGCGCGAGCGCUACCAGGAUGGACCCUACUACGCUGUUCUCGACUCCUCCUCCACCUCGGCGAAGAAAGGCAGUGCCGCCCGAGUGAACUUUGACCCUUUCCAUGGCAUGCCCUCGUAUUCUCGCCGAUACCAGAAGAAACGCCGGACGAUCCCCAAAAUCGCAGAUGUCCGUGAUUACGAAACCCAGUUCUUCCCCCGCGAGCUCUGGCAGACCAUCAAGCCCGAUUUCCGACCUGACGCCCCAGUCGAUGGGUACAAACCCAAGAUGGCCUCAUUCGGCAUGAAGCGCGGUUUCGAAGACGACGAGGAUGACGCCGCCCAAGCACCGAAGGGAGAAAAUGACGAAGAAGACUACGAGGAGAAUGAAGCUGAAGGUGAUGAGGGCGGAUUACUCGAAGGUGAUGAAGUCGAGGAAGAAAUCUCCGACAAUGAUUACGAGGAUGACGAGGACGACAUGGGUGGAGACUACAACGCCGAGCAAUACUUCGAUGACGGCGGCGAUGAUAUGGGUGACGAUGGCGGAGACGGUGGUGGUGAGGAUGAGAUCUAG